AUGGUCUAUAGAGCAGUUAAAGAGGCAAGGGAAAAGAUAAUGGGCAAUGAGAGGGAUCAGUAUAAUAAUGUUAGGGAUUAUUUGUUUGAGAUUCUGAGAAGCAACUCUGGCUCCAGGGCAAAACUCUGUGUAACACCUAUACCUCAAUCCCCUUCUGUAUUUGAUAAGCUUUAUAUAGGGUUAGAGGCAUGCAAGCAGGGUUUCAAGAGUGGAUGCAGGCCUUUGAUCCACCUUGAUGGUUGUUUUCUGAAGACAUACUAUGGUGGACAACUCCUAACAGCAGUGGCCCAAGACGCGAAUAAUCAAUUCUAUGUUGUUGCUUAUGGAGUUGCAAGGUCUGAAACAAAAGAGUCUUGGAAGUGGUUUCUGACUCUACUUCAGGAGGAUCUGGGUGAUGGAUUGCUUCCUACAUUGAAAGAAGUUAUGCCAAAUGCCCAUCACCGAAACUAUGUGAUGCACAUUUGGAAAAAUUUUAUCAACCGGUUUAAGGAUUUGUAUAUUCAGGAGGUAGUGUGGGAAUGUGCAAAGUGCACUACCAUACCAAAAUUCAAAGAACAGAUGGAGAAGCUCAAAGGCAUUAAUCAGGGGGCAUGGGAAUACCUAUCUAAAUUUGAGCCAGCUACUUGGGUGAAGGCAUAUUUCUCACACAGACCAAAGGUUGACAACCUCAUAAAUAACAUGUGUGAGGUGUUCAAUGCAAAGAUUGUCAACUAUAGAAGCAAGCCUAUCCUCACAAUGUGUGAAGAAAUUAGAUGCUAUCUGAUGAGGAGGAUCGUUAAGCAUAAAGAUCUACUUGGCAAUUAUAUUGGAAAGCUCGCACUUGUUCAACAGAAGAAGAUGGAGCGUCUAAUAAGACCUAGCAAUAAAUGGCGUGCAGACUGGACUGGUGACGAAGAACGUAAGAGGUUCGAAGUAAGUCGUAAAGCUACAAAGGUGGACGUAGACCUCAUCAUGCAGACUUGCUCGUGCAACAUAUGGCAGCUCACUUGCAUGCCAUGUAUCCAUGCCAUUGCAGCAAUAAGGAAAAGGCAUGAUCAUCCAGAGGAUUAUGUGCAUCCAUGGUUAUGCAUGGAGUCCAUCCACAAGACGUAUGCUCAUUGUAUUCAUUUUGUGCCAAGUCAUGAGUUUUGGACAAGGACCGAGUAUUCAAGGCCGGAUCCUCCCAUCAUAAAGAGACCUAUAGGCAGGCCAAAAGUGCACAACAGACAGAAGGAUCCAGCUGAGCCAAUGAUGCAGCAGGGUGAAAAGCUGAAGAGGUCCUUCAAAGUUACUUGUAGUAAGUGUGGUGCAACGGGGCAUAACUACAAGACUUGCAAGGGGCUCCAUCUGACCCCAACUGGAAACCUAAGACAAAGAAGGCUAAGAAAGGUUCCACAACUAAGUCAUUGA